AUGAAGAAAUUUAAAUGUCUCAUAAUCUUUCUCCUAGCAUUAGCUACCCGAAGAAUAGAAGCGAGAGAAUUCAGAAAUAAAGUAGUUAUGUUUCAACGGUAUCAUGUGUACAUAAUGAACGGAUUCAAAAAUGAAAGCAUUAGAACGCAUUGUCGAUCUUCCGACACCGAUCUCGGAAUUCAGAAACUGAAUCCCAUGCAGAAGCAAGAAUGGAAUUUUAGAAUGAACUUUUGGGGGACAACAUUAUUUCAUUGUACAUUGUCAUGGAAAGAAGGACAUAAGCGUUUCAAGGCAUUUUUGCCACAAUUGUAUAAGUUUAUUUGGGCUCAUUGCUUUGAUUAUAAGUAUUGUUUUUGGAAAGCGACUGAAGAAGGUGUUUUUUUAAUGAAUCCUGAUGCUAAUAGUUAUGAAUUGAAGUUUACUUGGAAGAAAUGUCAAAAUGAAAAUACAACCAUUCUUGAUUCUUUGUAUGAAUAA